UCCUCAUGUGUUUUCUUCCAUCAUUGAUAACGUGUCUGAGACUUUGAACUUGCAAUAGGAGCCUCCGGGUCUUGUAAUAAAAUCAGAUGAUUUUCCUAUUUCAUGACGUAAAGUCAUGAUUUUAUUAAAGACACGGAGGCGAGUAUUGCCCUCCCUAUUUUCCCUCCCUAUGUAAGUAUUUAUGUUACGUUUUAUUAUGGAUUGCUUUGUUUUGAGCAUUAGGUUUUAACUCUGUGAGUUUUUCCUGAGUAGGUUUUGCGCAACCAUUUAGUUUGGAUACUAUGUAUCAAUUCGUCUCCUAUCACUCUCUGUUUUUUUUUCCAUUUUUUAGGUUGAGACUGACGUUUUGGGCAGUCGUCGUGGUUCUGCAUGAUGGUUUGGAGGGUCGGCAGUUUUGGUUCCAGCCGAUCGUUGUGGUGGAAGAGACGAGAAUUACUUAUCAAGCUGUCGUUCCGGUUUGGUUCCUGAUUCGUUUCCGGAUGACUGGCGGUUCCUUCCCAGGAGGUCGGAUGUUCGGUUUCCAGUUUUGUUGGGACUGUUUGGACUCUGGUUACAAAGAAAGAGGAGGUUCUGAUGGAGGAGUGACCUUUUAUACUAGGACUAUGGGAGGGGUUUGGUCACAUGUUCAAGUUUUUCUUUGCUGCUAUUGGUCAGAGUAAAGAAGGAGAAUAGCAAUACUCGCCUCCGUGUCUUUAAUAAAAUCAUGACUUUACGUCAUGAAAUAGGAAAAUCAUCUGAUUGUACUCCAGGCUGUAGCAAGCAGAGAUCACCGCAGACUCCUGGCCCAUCGUGUCCGCCCCGAAACAUGUCCUCGCUGGUUUUAUUUUCUGAUGUAUUUUUUUUAUUAAACUACUAUUUUAGUGGUCAGCUCCCUGAAAACAUUAUUUUUUCCUCUUCAUCAUAAUGUCGUGUCUUCCUUUUUGGAGUCCCAAGUGGUGGGAGCAGCGGUCACAUCCAUAUGUCUACUCAAGAGGUCUGCCUGAGUUAGCGCAACUCUGGACUGAAUUCUUGCGAAAUCAGAUUGCAGUGAAGGAAAGAAAGUUGUGUUUGCGCAGUGGAGCAGAGUUCAGCAGGGCAGUGUCUCUGAACCUGCGGACGGUAUGGCCGUCUUACUGCUGCUCUUUGUGGCCUUUCUUUUCUUGGUAAAAUGCUACAUAACCCGUGUGCCAGCUGCGCCCUCAGGGGCAUACCCGGCGCCAGGACCAUUGUUCUGCAUCAAGAGAUUCCUCUACCUGACGCUCAUUCGAUAUUCGCCUAAAAAAACAUCGUCGUACGGAGCGCUGCGGGAACAAGAGAUGCUUGGGGCGUGGAAGCCCCCCAACCCUCAGCAACUGGCCACACGUGAGCUGGAGGCUCCGCAAAAGCUGGUGGAUAAUCCUUAUGCUAUAGACUCCGUAUAUUUCACAGCCUUCACGGAGGAUGGUAAAAGCUUCAUCAUCGCUCGUGUCGCCCGGAGAUCGGGGAACCGCUGUGAGGUCUGGUUGUUUCUGAGGGUGGACGGGGUCGGUGAUUUCGAGCAUCCCGAGCACCCCGUCACCGUCAUGGAAAGCGAGGCGAACGACAGCUGGAGCGCUGGGGGUCUCACAGUGACGUGUCUGCAGCCGUACCAGACAUGGAGGAUUUCUUUUGAUGGAGUCUUAAGGAAGGGACCGUUCCGACACAGUGACAGUGACGAUGGUGGCUCCAAAGUGCACGUCACAUUUACAAUGCUUUGGACAGCCGCCACUGACGUCUAUGACUUUGAUUAUGACUUUAACCCCAGCCUGACCGCAGAGGCGAUGGCCACGGAGCCACUGAGCAUGGAAUUCUUAUCUGCUGUGAAAAAAUCUAAGGACGAGCACUACCGCUAUGAGCAAUGGGGGGGCCUCAAGGCCAAGGUGUCGAUCAGCGGUGACCCAGAGCGCCAGAUGUCCUUGAGCGGGAUCCGCAGCCAUUCCUAUGGUGUCAGGGACUGGGCCGAAUUCCACAGAUACAUCAUGUUUUUAAUACAUUUUAAGAAUGGGAUGUUUGUGCACCUGAACAUUGUCAGCCUCCCCAAAACCACCAGACACUUAAUUGUAGGUUACGUGUUUUUUCCUACUGGUGAUAAGGCGGGGAUUGAAUGGUCUGACGCUCACCUCUCUAACCUGGCCGAUGACCGCGCCAUAAAGGAAAAUUACCAGAUCAGUUUCACUGCCGGAGGUCAGACAUUUGACGUUUCUGCGACUCUUGACUCCAGGAACAGCCCCCUUAUUUACAAUCCUUCCUUAAACUCUUCAACAAAGCAAACUGUUGGAAUCACCCACGAAUGCAUCGCCACCUUCAGGACGGGCACGGGUGAUAACGGGUGGGGCCUUGUUGAGUUCUUCUAUGGGGUAUAAGAACUGCUCCUCCUCGGGUCUCAGAACAUCCUGCAAUUCACUUUGAUUUUUUAACAUUUUUUUCUUUCUGUAAAUCAGUCCUAAGUAAUAUUCUGUGUAAUGUCGGCCGAGGCGCUGGGUUAGGGUCAUGAUAAACCCCGGAUUGUAACCCGGAAGGGCUCGGCACCUACUGGGAACAACACAAGGUAAACCGCACAGUAUCACAACCAGCGCUGCAAGUUCAAGUCCAGUCUUCUGUAUAUGAUUCAUUAUAUAAAAGUUCAGCAACUUUC